AUGCGCACCAUGUUGAAGUCGCUCGUGCGCGUCCGCUCCAAGGACGGCCUCUUCCGCUUUGCCCUCGAGCCGAGCGACGACGCGGCGCUGCUCAUUGCCAAGACGCUCGAGACGGCGCCCGACGCCGAGCCGCACUCGCUCACCUUCUCCAACCAGCCGCGCGGCGGCGAGAUGAGCGCCGCCAGUCUCGCAGGCACGUCGCUGGCCGAGCUGGGCAUUGCGCACGGCCACCUCCUCUACGCCGCCUACACGCCGCGCGCGCCGAGCGCCGAGGCCGGGCCGAGCUCCGCAGCCGCCGGCGCCUCGGUCGCGCUGCCCAGCAGCAACGGCGCCCCCUCGUCGGCCAGCGCCGCCGCAGCGGGCAAGAAGCCGGCGGCGCCCGCGCCGUGGCAGACGGCGCAGGAGGAGCCCGUCGAUCGCUUCUGGCAGGCGGCAGACGGCAAGAUUGCGCGCCCGCGCGACCAGAAGAUGUGCAGACAUGGAGAGAAGGCCAUGUGCGACUACUGCAUGCCGCUCGAGCCGUACGACGCCGCAUACCACGCCGAGCAUCAGAUCAAGCAUCUCUCCUUCAACGCCUAUCUGCGCAAGCAGGACAUUGCGAUGAACAAGCCGAGCCAGUCCUACAUUCCGCCGCUCGAGGAGGCAGACUACAGCGUCAAGGUGCCGUGUCCCUCGGGCCAGCACGCGUCGUGGCCGGGCGGCAUCUGCACCAAGUGUCAGCCGUCGGCCAUCACGCUGCAGUCGCAGGCGUACCGCAUGCUGGACCACGUCGAGUUUGCGCAUCCGCGCCUCAUCGAGCAUCUGCUGGCGUUCUGGCGCGCCACGGGCACGCAGCGCUUCGGCUUCUUGCUGGGCCGGCACGAGGCGUACGCGGAGGUGCCGAUGGGCAUCAAGGCCGUCGUCGAGGCCAUCGUCGAGCCGCCACAGGAGGGAGAGCUGGAUGGCCUCACACUGGGCGUGCCGUGGGAGGAGCAGGCGCGCGUCGAGGCACUGGCAAAGCAGUGCGGCCUCGACAUUGUCGGCGUCAUCUACACCGACCUGACGCCUGCCGAUCCGACGUUGCAAGACGCAAGCAAGGCGGGCAAAGUGGCGUGCAAGCGCCACAAGGAUUCCUUCUUCCUCUCCGGCUGCGAGGUGCUCUUCGCCGCCACGCUGCAGCAAGCCAACGCCUCUCCCUCGCGCUUCUCCCGAUCGGGGCGCUUCAACUCCAAGUUUGUCACUUGCGUCCUCUCCGGCACUGAGGACGGCGCGAUCGAUGUGUCGGCGUAUCAGAUCAGCGAACAGGGCAUGGCCAUGGUCAAGGCCGACAUGAUUGAGGCGAGCGUCAAUCCCAACAUCAUCCGCGUCCGCCCCAGCGAGGGCAGCCGCUACGUGCCGGAAGUCUUCUACCGCUACAAGAACGCCUACAAGAUCGACGUCAAGGAGAGUGCCAAGCCGACGUUUCCCGUCGAGUACCUGCUUGUCACCGUCACACACGGCUUCCCGAACGAGCCAAAGCCCGCAUUCUUGUCUUCGAGCUUCCCCAUCGAGAACCGCCCAGGUCUGCACGAUCAAGACUUGGGGCGCGCCUGUUCCGCCAUCGCGCAGGUCAUCGGCUCCGACGAUCUGCAUCCGCGCGAGUUCGGCGUCGCCUCCGACGCCGAGACGCGCCGGCGCGAGAAGCUCGUGGGCGUGCUGAGCGACUGGCACCUGCUGUGCUUCCUCGACACGUGUGGCAUUCUGGAUGCGGAGGACAUGAAGGCGCUCUGUCGCGUCGCCACGACGCACGAUGCGGGCGAGGCGCUCGACGCAUUGCUCAGCCGCACGGGAUGGCAGACGCUCAGCGCCAUCGCCCGCGAGCACGCGCCGCAAGGUCCGUCUGCCGGCGCGGUGGAGCAGAAGUCCAAGACAGUGGGCGACAUGAUGGGCAUGUCCGGCAGCGGCGGCACUUCGGCUCGCGCCGCCCACCCGUCCACUCCGCGCGCCGCCAAGCCCGCCGCGCCUGCUGCGGCGCCCGCUGCGCCUGCACGCGCGCCGGCGGCGGCAGUGAUGGGCAGCGGACGCGCCGACGACCCGCUCAUCUACAACGGCGACGACGACGACGACAUUGAGCUCAACUCGGACGACGACGACGACGACGAGCUGGAGUACGCCGACGACGACAUGUUUGAGGACGCGGCGAGCAGUGCGGGCGCACAUGAAGUCGCACCCGCAAGAGCGCGCUCACCACCGCCGCCGGAACGGGACGACGACAUGGGCACGGCAGCAGCUGGCGGCAAGGCGUGCCCGCACUGCACGUUCAUCAACGAGCGCAGCUCGGGAGACUGCGAUGUCUGCGGCCUGCCGCUCAGCGGCUAGGCCUCACCUGCCGAGAGCCUCGCUGCGGCGAAAUGAGAUCGUCAAGCGUGCACACGCGGCGGCUGAGGGACGAUGAGAUGAGACGCGGUGACAUUUGGAUCACAGG